AUGUCGGUCGCUGUGCGUUGUGCUUUCUGGCAGGCUAUCGGAGCUGCUUUGAUAUUAAUGCUUUCCCAUUGCAUUUGCGUGGGAAUAGUAAUGUACUUUGAUUUUUCAGGAAAGUGGGAAGCCUACGAAUUGAGUAAAAGCCGAUCGAAGAGCCUGUCGGAUCGAAUGUAUGACUAUCAAAUUGGCAUUCGCAAAUUCUGCUUGGAUCUUGUAUUACUCUUCGUCCCUUGCAUCGCCUUUUGCUUCUGGUGCAAAGGCGACAAAAUAGCCCAUUCUCCGGACUCUAUGUUCUUGUCGUUUGUCAAACUCUUAACGGGCUACGCGCUGGGGAAAAUUUGGGCCUUCCUGGUACAUUACGGUCUACAUUUUCCACUAUUCUACCAAUUUCAUAGAAGGCACCAUCGAAAUCCCAAGAAUCUCGUAGCAAGCGCCGCCUGGGAUGACAGUUUUGUCGAAUACGCUAUUAUGGAAAUACCGUCCUUCGCUAUUACACUGUUGCUCUUUCCGACCCAUUACUAUUGGCAUUUGAUUCACUUUGCUUGGCAUGGUUGGGAUGGUGCGUGUGGACACAGCGGAUUUGCGGCCCCUGGGCUACUCGGCGCGUGCUUCAAUGGUGAAUAUCACUACCACCAUCAUGCACUUUUGACCGUCAACUACGCCGAGCUCGAAUUUCUGGACAAGCUCUGCGGAACGCAUCAUUCGCAACGUUCCGUCGGAGUCAAUAAGCAAACGUUGUCAUCGACUAGGAGCCAACAGAAGACGAACAAUCGUAUACUUAACUAA